CUUCGAGUGGUUUCAAUGAAAUAGUUAAUAUUUACGACGGUAGUUUAAUUUUAUCCGAACAUUUCAACGAUUGACAACGGAUAUAGUGACUUUGCAACAAAAAGUUGAAUCCUGCUCAUUUAUUGUCUAGAACUUUUUACCCAUUUCGACUGAUUUUGUGAACCGCGGCUAUGUAUGCUAGAGUGGUGAAACCGUCAAAACACCAGACGUCAACCAACGAACAAAGAAUGUGGCAAGAUCCAAGAGAGUUCACUAGUGUGCCACCUACUUAUACAAUGAGCCGGAUCGAAAGUUACAACAAGAAACAUCAAUCAACAACCAGAAAGAAAGUUAACUUAUCAGAAAUUACAUUUACAGAAUUAGAGAAUGAAAUAAAAUAUAACAUAGAGUCGCUGAUAAUGAAAUCCAGGUGUAGUGAAUGGAGAAAUGUAUUGUUACAUUUCAUGCAAUUUUCCUUGUCUGACAAGCUAGCAGACACACUUCACUAUUUUCAACAUUUAAUUGAGACUGUAAUACAUGUACAUAACAUAGAACCAGAGAGGACACAUGUGAUACCAGUGACUUCAUUGGAUGUAUCCAAACCGUCUACUGUCAGUAUUCAGCAAUGGCAUCAUCUAAUUGCAUCAUUAAACUUAAAAAUUGAGGAACCUGACACAUCAUUUAUGCUUACGUAUACCAGUGUCCUUGUUCCAAAACACUUGAAUAUAUGUGUUUUGGAAGGAUUUUUGUCAGUCUUAGAAGCCUUAUUGUAUUUAGGAAGUGAUAUCAUACAGUUGUUUUGCAGAUUUUCACCAGAUGAAGGAGCCAAUGUGUUAGCAUUGCUGCAGGAAGUGUUGCAUUCGCCGACUACAGAUCUUCCGGUUAGCCAUUCUUUAGUAGUGCCUGUCUGGGGAAAAUACAGUCGUACAAGAGAAUUUUUACAGUUGAUUGGACUUACACAAAUAAAGACUGAGCAGAGAAAAAGAGUGCUUAGAUUAAAAUGUUCUAGCCGUACUGUCAUGCAGCCAAAUAAAGUGGCGAACAUGGAGGAUUCAGUUUGUUGUAAAGACAUGAAAGCCUUGUAUCAACAAUUAAGGGAACCUGAAGAUCAGCACAGACGUUCAGUCACUGCCUUCGAGUUAGAAGCUACAACUUAA